AGCUAGUUGUAACAUUUUAUUUUGUAAGAAUCAAGGUUGGGCGUUAUUGGUUGUCUUUCCCGAACGGUAAGGAACAAUAACAUGGUAUUUACCCUCGUCUAAUGUGUCAGAGACACACUUCGCCUCAUUUGAGUUUCAGUAAGAAUGCGGAAGUUAACAGCCAUUGUUGCCAUCCCUUCUGCUGCAGGCUUUAUUGCCUUCCUUUGGCUUUAUAGAGAAAUAAGGGACGCAAAACAAUAGAUUAUUAGAUGUUGAAAUAACACUAUUCAUUGUCAUGUAUUGGCUCUGUGGCGGUAUCAUGCGUUUACUCUCAAUACUGCCACCUUUUGAGUAUUUUGGAAAUGCACAGGUAUCAGUUUACCCACAUUCGGGUAUCUAUUAAUAACUGGUUAUGAGUUUGUCUUUGGCAACCCUCUACACCGCGGAAUAAGUGUCACUGCACGAUUGAGGGUGAAAAGGGGGAACCUUUAAUGAGAAUUACUUACACUCUGUUUGCGACUACAGUUGUGGGAAGCGUCAUGUCCAAGGACACAUUUCCAUACACAUCCACAUCGCUGCGCUCCCUGAGGCUAGAGCAGGAGUUGCAGGACUGGGAGGAAGCGCGAAGGGCCCUAGCCCAGAGGCGAGCCCUGACCCGGGUCGCGCUGUCAAGGGCCCCCAGCAGGCCUCCGCCCGGGUCUCUGCGCCUCCAGGAGGUGCUCGCUGCCCCACCUCAGAUCCGCUGCCGGGAUGCCGCCAUCCACAAUACCUUCAUGUGCGGUGACAUGAAAGGUGUGUACGCCAUCCUCAAGGACCCCGCCAUGGUCGACGCCCUGAUGGAGACUGUGCAUGAGGAGAUGGUGUGGGCCCCGGAGAUGGGCAUGUGGACCAUGAGCUGCAAGGUGAAGCAGACGUCCGCCUUGCGCCUCGCAUCUCGCCAUGGGCACGCUGCGUGCGUGGAGGAGCUCUUGUUUCGCGGGGCCGAGGUGAACGCAGACCCGGGAGGCAGCACGGCCCUCCACGACGCCUGCGCGGGAGGACACGCCGCCUGUGUCAAACUGUUGCUCGCCCAUGGAGCAGAUGCGCAACUGCUGUCAGCUGAUGGAAAUGCACCUCUUCAUCUGUGCACAUUGCCACUCUCAUUACAGUGCGCUGAGUUGCUUCUGGACAGCGGCGCCGACGUGAAUGUGAGGACAGCGGAGUCCAGGCUCACCCCGCUACAUGUGGCUGCCUCGAGGGGCUUGGAGGCCCACGUGGAGCUGCUGCUCUCCGUAGGUGCCGAUGUGUUGGCCACCAACCUUGAGGGCGAGACGGCCCUCAACGCCGCCUGCGCCAGGGCCGAAAAGCCAUCGGAGGCAAGCCGCUACCAGGGCGUGGUGCGCAGGUUGCUGGAUGCGGGUGCCGACCCGCGUACGGCGGGCAAGAAGCAACACACGCCGCUGCACAACGCUUGCGCCAACUGCUGCCCGGCUAUCGUGGAACUACUGCUGCUCUACGGAGCGCAGGCGGAUGUCAGAAACUGCGCGGGGUACACACCCUUGGAAUGUCUGCUGCAGGUGCUUGAGGACUACUUGAACCAGCAACCUGAAUCAGUGGUACGGACUCUCCUGAACCAUGGAGCCAAAACUGUCCCACCAAAGAUGUUGAGGCGGUGCGUCAUCUCUCCCGCCACGUUGGAGGUGAUCCUGAACUCGUACCCCAUUGUUCCACCAUGCGACUGGAUUGACGACUGCCCUCUCACGCAGGGACACCUGGAUUUCUUCAAACUAGUGCGCGAACGGAGCGGUCAUCCUCGCUCACUGCAGCAUCUCUGCCGCUGCGCGUUGCGUCGUCAGUUGGGGUCGUUCUGCCAUUCACAAGUGAGUCGCCUGGAUGUCCCCAGCUCAGUCAAGGAUUACCUGCUGCUGCAUAAUGACGGCACGCUACACUAAAUUUGGAUUUUGACUUGUUUUCUUUGAUUUUGUAAGCUUUUGUUAAAUUGUUAUCAUUUUAUAUUUAAGCAUUAUAUUAUUUUAUGUUAGUUACCUAAAUUAUUUUCUGUUUAAUGCUGUUUGUUGGUGAAUUUAUGCUUUUCCCUUCAAUACAAAAAAUGGUGCGUGUUUGUAACCAGAUAUACAGUGUGGCAGAGCCCCAUAAACCGUAUCAGUGGUCCUGUUGGUGGUUCAUGGAGAUGAUUUUUGGAACAUUUUUUGUAUGUACUCUACACAAAAGCUUUUUUCCCCUUUGUAUUACAUUUUUUUACCUUAAACCUGUUAUUUUGUUUUUUGGACAUUAAACUACACGAAUGUAAAAUAAAUAAAGACUGACAGAUGAAAUAAUU